AUGAGCUGGACCUGCCCGCGUUGCCAGCAACCCGUUUUCUUCGCUGAGAAGGUGAGCUCCUUGGGCAAGAACUGGCAUCGCUUCUGCCUGAAAUGUGACCGCUGUCACAGCGUCCUCUCCCCCGGCGGGCAUGCAGAGCACAACGGGAGGCCAUACUGCCACAAGCCAUGCUAUGGGGCUCUCUUCGGACCCAGGGGGGUGAACAUUGGUGGUGUGGGCUGCUACCUGUACAACCCCCCCACCCCUACCAGCACUACUCCCCUCAGCCCCAGCAGCUUCAGCCCUCCCAGGCCAAGGACUGGCCUUCCCCAAAGCAAGAAAAGCCCUCCCCACAUGAAGACAUUCACUGGGGAGACCUCGCUGUGCCCUGGUUGUGGAGAGCCCGUCUAUUUUGCUGAGAAGGUGAUGUCUUUAGGCAGAAAUUGGCACCGACCCUGUCUGAGGUGCCAGCGUUGCCGGAAGACCCUGACUGCUGGGAGUCAUGCUGAGCAUGAUGGAGUCCCCUACUGCCACAUCCCCUGCUACGGCUACCUGUUUGGCCCCAAAGGUGUGAACAUUGGAGAUGUGGGCUGCUACAUCUAUGACCCAGUGGAGAUCAAAUCUAAAUGAGAUGCUCACAGGAAAGGUCACCCUAACUCAGGCCUCUCGCCAUCCCCUCUGUGGUCCAGUGGGAGCUACAGAAUUCUCCAGUCCUGUGGGGUUUGAGGAAGGCGGGAUCCUGGGGGCCUGGGCCUAGGCUCCAUGGUAGGCCAGAGAAUCUAGAUUUUCUCUGCCAAUUCUUCCCUUUCCCAUUCCUAUAUGGCUAGGAGACACAGGUCACUCCAUUUUGAAGUGUGUCCUCCUGGCCAUUCCAACCCCUUUCCCCAGCAAACUCUGGAGCUUCAAGGUACUCAUAAAACUUGUGUUUAUUGAAUAUCAGCGUCUCUGGCUUCUCCAAUAAAAUGUUGGCCUCCAUGCCCUCAACUCUUCUUGGGGCAUGAGGACUAGACAGUGGGUUGGAG